AUGCAAGCAUUGCAAAGAAAAGGGGUCUGUCCAGCCCCCUUCCCCCAAUAGGAGCUUUUAUGUGUUUUCGAUCACUUCAUAAACAGCUCUGUUCCUCUCUGCCACGAGCUUUCUAGAAUUCGCAGAAACUACAUUCGAGUGGGCUGUUGAAGAUGUCAAGCACUCAAACACAGUCUGCUGACUCAGAUCCUCCCAAAUUUCAACGUCUGUUCAAGUUUCAUGACCCUGAAGUGGUGGCAGUUAUGGCAAUAUUACUAGGUUUGUUCCAGCUCCUCCUGACUGUACCAACUUACAGCAUCAGCAUUGAUAUGAAAUAUAUGUUUGUGUGCCCCCUCUGUAUUGGUUCUGUGUCUGUGCUUGCUGGAUCCUUUGGAAUGGCAUCUGAAAGAACUCCUAGGAGAGCACUGCUAAAAUACUGUCUGAUCUCUGGUAUUGCUGGCCUGGUGGGGACACUGAUUGGUCUUGUUCUGUACGGUUAUGCCACAAGUAACUCUCCAGUCCUCCGUCCUUGCCCAAAUGAAUCAUAUUUUAGUUGUCCAGAAAAGGUUUUUCAAGGCUUUUACAAAGCGAUCUCUGGGCAGCUGUUGUUUUAUGAUAUUGCAGCUUUGGUUCUUCAUUGUUUCCUAACAUUUUCUGCAUUUAAAGGACUAAGAAUACACUGAGAUCACAUGUACAUAUACCAUACACAUCUCUUUGUUCAUUUUAUGUAGGAGCAAUUUUAAUUAUUAGACUGCUCUAAAACAUUAUCAUUGCUAUUGUCCUUGUUUUUUCCUUAAAUAGCCUAUUGUCAUAUACAAAGUACAGAUUUGGAAGUUUUGUGAAACUGGAGACAGUAGCUUGCUAUACACCGCAUUUAACCCAUUAUAGCCUAACUCAAAAUGUAAGUUUAAUUGCUACCUUUAAUUUUUAUCGUAAAACGUGUUGCCAUUACAACCUGCAAUGAUGGUCUUUUGCUAAUGAAACCCUGAAAACUAAUAAAAUCACAAAAAAGACCAAUGGAUGUAAUCGAAUAUGCAAAAAACUAAAAAUAUGCAGCUGGAAAUGAUUUUCUACUAUGGGUGUCUCUUUAGUGUUUAUAUAUGUAAAUAUGUGAGACAAUUCUUCAAACCCAACAUCUUACUAAUAUUAAACUUUUAUAUAAAAAAAAA